UAUCGUAGCAUAGCGUAGUAAAUCCUUAACUGCCUAGCCGUUUCCCAAAUAUGUUGGAGCCUGGGUAGGCUUUCAGUCUAACCGGAUGCACAGCUGAGUAGUGAAUACCAGUGCCUUAUAUAAAGUGACUGCCCAUGUGACGUCUUCAACCCAGUUUUCCGUAACACCAGGGAAGAUGGAAAAUAAAUUGUCUCGUAAUCACAAAAAUGACGUCGUCACCUAAAUUCAAGAAUUUAGGUUGUAAGCCUAAACAAUCUCCAAUAGAGUUAAAAGAAAAAAUGAGAAAGAAUUACAAAAACAAAAUUCAGAACUGCCGUGGUAUGUUGAUGGAUAAACUGCGAGGCUCAUUAUUGGAAAAAGAUUUAUGCAAUACUUUAACAGACAUAUACAAAAGUUUAUACAACGGUGCUGGUGACAUUGAUGAUGAAGAAUAUGAACUCAUGGAGGAACUUAAAAAUGAGCUAGUACAGGAAGAACUGGAGUGGUGCAUCAAAGAGUAUGAGAGAAGUCAAAUGGAAAAUAUUGAUUGGUCCUCAGUUGAAGAAGACAACAAUGUAAUUUGCCCAAUAUGCCAGAAAAUAAAUGUUCAAAUUCGAAAUGGGUAUCUUAACUGCUCUCAGUGCAAAAUUGCAAUUAAAACACAGAAACCACUUGCAGAAAUUAAAAAGACUCUUUUAAGUUCAGUAGAUACUCAUAAUGCUAUGUGCAAUAGUAAUGCACAGUUUGGAAUAGUGGCAGAAGAAAAUGAAAGUCAUAUUUACCUUAUUUGUGAUAGUUGUAUGGAAAUGAAAUUAAUAGUUUAAUAUCCUAAACAUAAUAUUUGUUAACACAUUUAGGUUUGUUAAGCUGGUAUUCCAAACAUAAAUGUUUUAACAAAUAUUGGUGAAAUCAAUGUUUUUUCUGUUGUUACUAGAAUAAGUGGUUGUGACAAAUUCUUGUAUUGUCGAGGAUUUCUUUCGUUUUUUCUCUAAUAAAUUGUUAUUUAAUUGUUUGAUGACACUAUAAAUAAGUGGUGUUUUGCUGUAUCUAUUCAAAUCAUAACACAAUUUAAAGAAUAGGCCUAUCAAUAUUCCCUUCAGCAUCUAUAUUUCACCCAAUUUCAGUCAAUGCAUGUUAAAAAAACAUUUUUAUAAAUAAAAAUAGUGUAGUUCCAAAAUCCAGUUAGUAUAUCAUAUCCAAAAUACAAUUUGCAUAUGAAGUAAACAAAUAUUUUUAUAUGCAUAGAUGUAAGGACAACUAGUAAAUCUCUUUUAUAAAUCUGUACACACAAAACAUGUUAUUGUUUUGGUUGAAGCAAUUAUAAUCAUUUUGUCGUUUUCUUAACCCUAAAAGUUAGUGUAGUAUAGCUAUUUUUGUUAGCAAUUGUAAUUGAUUUUAGAAUAUAACAUAAUAGAGUAGAAUUUAUUAGUUUCAUGGCGCAUGUCACCCUUUGUACCGUGAAUUAGUAGUGUCGUUAUUAUAUAUUCUGUGAUUGUAAUUUUAUAAGAACCCUUUUUUGUUAUGAUGACAUUGCAAGAACAUUGUGUAUGAAACAUGUCAAGGAUGGAAUUUAAUUGUAGACCAUAAGGCAUUAGCUGUGUUAAAAACUAUAAAAAUAUUUUUAGUUUUAUUGUUAAUAUUUUUUUUAAUAAGCAUUAUCAGUUUGUCAUAGAGUAUUCCUUAAAAGCAAUUGUUUUUGAUUAUAUUUUCUUAAAUACUA